CCGGGGGCGAGCUGCGGGAGGGCGAGGCACUUCUGUCGCCUGAGGGCCGCGCUCGCCUUCGAGGAGAUCUCGGCCCGCGCGCAGCUCCUCGGAACCUCGGCGCGCGAGCAGCAGCAAGAGGAUGACGGCUCCGGGUGCUCCUCGUGGAGCGCGGAGGUGUCGGUGGUGGGCGCCGAAGGCACGCGGCUGACCCUGCGCCCCUGUGGCGCCCGCGCCGUCUCCGUGCUGGGGGCGGCGCGCAGGGGCGAGGCGGUGAUGCUGCGGAGCGGCGGCGGCGACGGGGGCAGGGCUCCGCGCGCGGCGCUGGGACGCCUGGAAGCGUGCCCGGUC